UAAUUUUCACCUCUGUAAAUAUUAGUGCAGUAUAUAUUAAGUGUGGUAUCGUAAACAACUUAGUUGAUAUUAAGACACGACCAGUCUUUUAUCACUGUACAAUGUUUCGCAUAGCUUUGGCCUUCCUAGUUUGGUAUAUAAGCGAUGCAACAGCGACAUCUGUAGCGCCACCGGCAUGUCCGUGUCCAAAAAACUACGAGCCCCUGUGCGGUACCGACAACGCCACAUAUGCUAAUAGAUGUAUUUUCAAUUGUACGAGAGAUUUCUAUGAAAAAAAUAAUGCAACGCCAAUUUCGAUUGCUUAUGAAGGAACGUGCAGAGAGCAAUGUGACUGUCCAAGUGGUUGCGACGAAGUAUGUGGUAGCGAUGGCAAAACCUAUUCUAACGAAUGUGAAGUAAGCUGCGAAAGCGACCGUCGUCAACAAAAUAGUGAAACUGGUAUUGAAAUUGUGAGUAAUGGAAAAUGUCUUGAAAGUUGUGUCUGCUCUAGAAUCUUUAAACCCGUCUGUGGCAGCGAUGGCAACACGUAUUCAAAUGAAUGUGAAUUGAAUUGCGAAAGUAAACGGCGUCAGAUAAAUGGACAGUCAGCCAUCGAAGUUAUCAACGAAGGGAAAUGUUCUGCAGGAUGUUCUUGUCCUGCGGUGUAUAACCCCGUCUAUGGUAGUGAUGGAAAAACGUAUUCUAAUGAAUGUGAAUUAAAAUGUGAAAGUAAACGGCGUCAGGAAAAUGGACAAACACCUAUCGAAGUUGGGAACACUAAAAAACCAUUUGAAAGUUGUGUCUGCUCUAGAAUCUUUAAACCCGUCUGUGGCAGCGAUGGCAACACGUAUUCAAAUGAAUGUGAAUUGAAUUGCGAAAGUAAACGGCGUCAGAUAAAUGGACAGUCAGCCAUCGAUGUUAUCAACGAAGGGAAAUGUUCUGCAGGAUGUUAUUGUCCUGCGGUGUAUAACCCCGUCUAUGGUAGUGAUGGAAAAACGUAUUCUAAUGAAUGUGAAUUGGAAUGUGAAAAUAAACGGCGUCAGGAAAAUGGACAAACACCUAUCGAAGUUGGGACCACUAAAAAACUAUUUGAAAGUUGUGUCUGCUCUAGAAUCUUUAAACCCGUCUGCGGUAGUGAUGGAAAAACAUAUUCAAAUGAAUGUGAAUUGAAUUGUGAAAGUAAACUGCGUCAGCAAAAUGAACAGUCAGCCAUCGAAGUUAUCAACGAAGGGAAAUGUUCUGCAGGAUGUUCUUGUCCUGCGGUGUAUAACCCCGUCUAUGGUAGUGAUGGAAAAACGUAUUCUAAUGAAUGUGAAUUGGAAUGUGAAAGUAAACGGCGUCAGGAAAAUGGACAAGCACCUAUCGAAGUUGGGAACACUAAAAAACCAUUUGAAAGUUGUGUCUGCUCUAGAAUCUUUAAACCCGUCUGUGGCAGCGAUGGCAACACGUAUUCAAAUGAAUGUGAAUUGAAUUGCGAAAGUAAACGGCGUCAGAUAAAUGGACAGUCAGCCAUCGAUGUUAUCAACGAAGGAAAAUGUUCUGCAGGAUGUUAUUGUCCUGCGGUGUAUAACCCCGUCUAUGGUAGUGAUGGAAAAACGUAUUCUAAUGAAUGUGAAUUGGAAUGUGAAAAUAAACGGCGUCAGCAAAAUGGACAAACACCUAUCGAAGUUGGGACCACUAAAAAACUAUUUGAAAGUUGUGUCUGCUCUAGAAUCUUUAAACCCGUCUGCGGUAGUGAUGGAAAAACAUAUUCAAAUGAAUGUGAAUUGAAUUGUGAAAGUAAACUGCGUCAGCAAAAUGAACAGUCAGCCAUCGAAGUUUUCAACGAAGGGAAAUGUUCUGCAGGAUGUUCUUGUCCUGCGGUGUAUAACCCCGUCUAUGGCAGUGAUGGAAAAACGUAUUCUAAUGAAUGUGAAUUGGAAUGUGAAAAUAAUCGGCGUCAGCAAAAUGGACAAACACCUAUCGAAGUUGGGAACACUAAAAAACUAUUUGAAAGUUGUGUCUGCUCUAGAAUCUUUAAACCCGUCUGUGGCAGCGAUGGCAACACGUAUUCAAAUGAAUGUGAAUUAAAUUGCAAAAAUAAACUUCCACAAAAUGGACAAACGGCUAUAUCUAUUAUCAGUGAAGGAAUAUGCCCUGAUAGAUGUAUGUGCUCUAAUGUUUAUGAACCAGUUUGUGGUAAUGACGGGCAGACAUACCCUAAUCAAUGCACAAUAGAUUGCAAAAAUAAGGUAUUACAAAAGAAAGGUCAAUUGCUAAUCAAAAUAAUUAAACAAGGGGAAUGUUCCGAAAAUUCAAUCUGUUCAACUGUCUAUCAACCGGUUUGCGGAAGCGAUGGUAAAACUUAUGACAACCAAUGCCAACUGGACGUUAGGAAUAAAGAGCUCCUGAAACUUAGUCAACCAACUAUUGAAAUAAUUAAUGAAGGCAAAUGCAUUGACUCUUGCAUUUGUCCCGCAGUAGUCGAUCCAAUAUGUGGAAGUGACGGACAAAGCUACCCUAAUGAAUGUCAUUUAGUAUGUCAAAGCAAAUAUCUGGAACAAGUAGGUUUAUCGCCUAUUGAACCACUAUACAAAGGACUGUGCAAAAAACCAUGUGAAUGCUACAACACGGUUAUUCCCGUUUGCGGAACUAAUAAUAAGUCAUACCGUAAUGCUUGUUACUUAAACUGUGCUGACAUUAAUCAAGUAUCGAACGAUACGUCUAUCAAAAUUCAGUACAACGGAGCUUGUCAAAAUUGCAAUUGUCCCUUUAACUACAGCCCAAUCUGCGGUAGUGACGGUAAUACAUACAAUAAUGUAUGUCAACUCGAAUGUGAAAGUACACGAUUAGAAUACCUCGGCAGACCAACUCUGUUUAUUGUACACGAAGGAGACUGCGGAGGAUGUAUUUGUUCUGAUGAAUAUGAUCCCAUCUGUGCUAGCGAUACCAACACAUACACAAAUACAUGCCAAUUGGAUUGUGAAAAUAAGAUACGUAUACGUCACAAUUAUCCACUUUUAAGCAUACUUUAUAAAGGCAAAUGUCAUGGAUUCGAUUACAAUUGUGAUAAUUGCCCACUUUUGUAUAGCCCUGUGUGUGGAGCUGAUUAUAAAACCUAUUGGAACCUCUGCUUGAUGUACUGCCAAAACCAGUGUAAUCAGAGUAAAGGAAUAUCUGUUGUCGAAAUUGAGAAAAAUGGUUAUUGUUAAAAGAUUAAAUUAUUCAUUUUGAAAUUUAUUAUUUAUUGUAAUAAAAAAAAAACAACUUUUUAUUCAAACAUGCAAAAGCACAUUACAUGCUAAUUAUAUUAUAAACUAUAAUAUUUUGUUAUCUUAUAACUAUAAUGGAAUCAAAACUCUUUUGAAACUUAUUUAUUUGUUUAUAUUAAAAACGCAUUUUAUAUUUU